AUGGCUCCCAAACGAGGUGACGGCGGUGGUAACAGCGGAAGUGGCAGCAGUGGCAUUAGCCCAUCCUGCCCGCACGCGUUCCAGGACUUUAGUUACAACACUGACCCAACGCUAGUUGUAGACUUCGUCCGAUACUACGUCGUCUUCGCCCUUACACUCGUUGUCCUAAUCAGCCUGUGCUGCAUCAUGAGGAGACAUGGAGGUGUGAAGAGGCUCGCGGGACCUAUUUAUCUAUUAGCAUUGCUCUGUACGCUCACUGACUAUGCACUCCUCAUCAUUAGCACCAUGCUGAAGGAGUGCGAGACAACCGACUCUCUUAGUUACUUCGAUUAG